AUGGAAGCGACGAGGAAACUGAUUUCCAAAUCCGGCGAAGUGUUCGCCUCCCCGGUGACCUACCUCGCCUCGUACGUCAUUCCGACGGAAAAGAGAACCGCGGGGGAGUUACACACGUUAAACGAGAUCUUGAAAUUAAGCGGAGCAGGAGGGUCGGGAGAGAAGACGAAAGGAGACGCUGCCUCGAACGAAUCCAACGCGGUUUUAGGGUUACCAUCCGCCUUGUUAUGGUCCGGGAACGUGUUACACGCGAAUACUCACGACAGAGGAAAUAACCCCAAUAACAGCGGAAACGAGGGUAAAGGGAACACGACUAUCACGCAGACGUUGGAUAGGAUGUGGACGGUUCUGGACGAACACGGGAGGGCGAAAAAUCUGAAAGCGUCAAAAGCGCACGUCGCGGCGGCGUUUGGCGUUCCUUUGAGAGAUUUGCACUAUUUGGACCCGUUGAGGCCGACGUUAACGCCUGCGAAUAUAUUCAUACGGCCGAAAUGUUUGAUCGUGAACUUAGAGCACAUGAAGUUUAUAGUCACCGCGGAAAUCGCGUUGUUCUUGAACGCGGAAAGUUUGGAGGUGAAACGCUUCGUCAAAUUUCUUAGGAAAUAUUUGAAGGAGGUGGAAAUAGCGCAGACGCAAAAGAGAGAAGAUUUAGUAAAAGAAGCGACUAUGAUGGAGACUAUUAUUCGAGACGAAAACGAAAACGAGACUCAAAAGCUGCAACAAUCGAAUAGCGCGUUAAAAAAUGCACAAACGACGACCAAAAUCAAAGAAGAACGCGUCUUGCACUUACCGUUUGAACUGCUCGUCUUGGAAUGCGCGAUGCACGAACUGGGUUUAGUAUUAGACAACGAAACGAUAGCUUUGGAAAGAGAAGCCGCGCCGUGCAUGGAGAAGAUGUUGCAGAGCGUUCAGGCGGAAGAGUUGGCGGAAGGGAGAAGGAUUAAAGAAAAAUUGAACGCGUUGAUUUUACGAUUGGAGGCGUUUACGGAAGCGUUAUCUUCGAUUCUGGAACACGACGAGAGUUUAGACGCGAUGUGUUUGAGUAAACUGAAAGUGAUGGAACUGGUGCGAGGAGACGAUAUUUCGACAACGGCGGCGCCUGACGACGACAAUGAGAAUGAAUCCGCGCCGAGAAUGGGGGGCGCCGCAACGACGCAAACGACGACGACGAAAAAGAGCAGUAAGAAAGCGCAAUUUAUCACGCGCGUGAUAUCAAAUCCGACGGGCAUGACCAUGAACGAAGAAAAAGAGUACGACCCGGAAAACGAGGAAGAGUUCGAAACCAUCGAUUCGACGAACGAAGAGGAUGGACACGAACACGAAGGUGCCGAAGCGUUAUUGGAAGCCUACUUCAUGCACUCCGCGGCGACGCAAAAACGCGCGCACGCGUUGAAAGAUUUGUUGCAAAACACCGAAGCGGUGUCGUCGAUGAUUUUAGAUCGACAAAGAAACGAAUUGAUUAAGAUUGAUUUGGUGGUUUCCGCGGCAUUGUUUGCGUGUUCGAUCGUAUCUGUGGCUGGGAGUAUUUUUGGUAUGAAUUUACAAUCCAACUUGGAAACCAAAUCUGGUUUUUUCGUCGGCGUGAUCGUCGUAACGUCCGCGUUAGCGGCGGCGUCGUUUCUGUUUAUCAUUUUCUAUUGCAGCAGAAAAAACUUGUUUAAAUUAUGA